GUCCCUUUGGCACUUCCCUCCUCUCUCUCCUCACUCUCCCCUGUUUAUAACACUUUCCCCUGUCCAAAAUUCUCAGAAUAAUUUCACUCUGAAAAUGGAGAGCACCGAUUCCUCUUCGGCCGCCGCGGCGGUGGCGGCGGCAGCAACGGCGCCGCAGCACCACCCGCAACUUCCACCUGGGUUCCGGUUCCACCCCACAGACGAAGAGUUGGUCGUUCACUACCUCAAGCGAAAGGCGGCCUCCGCUCCCCUCCCUGUUACCAUCAUCGCCGAAGUCGACCUUUACAAAUUCGAUCCAUGGGAACUCCCCAGUAAGGCGGCGUUUGGGGAGCAAGAAUGGUAUUUCUUCAGUCCAAGGGACAGGAAGUAUCCGAACGGAGCGAGGCCGAACAGAGCCGCCACUUCAGGGUAUUGGAAAGCCACGGGAACAGAUAAGCCAAUUUUAACGUCGAAUGGAAAUCAAAAGGUGGGCGUUAAAAAGGCGCUUGUUUUCUACGGCGGAAAGCCUCCUAAAGGGAUCAAAACGAACUGGAUUAUGCAUGAAUAUCGCCUUGCUGACGGUUCUUCAGCGAAACCGCCUCCGGUUUCUAUUGAAAACAAGAAAGGAUCUUUAAGGCUUGAUGAUUGGGUUUUAUGCCGGAUUUACAAGAAAAGCAAUCCUCAGAGAUCAAUGGAGAGUGAGAUGGAGGGGAUGAUCGCAACCGGGUUUCUUCCGGCUACUUUUAACAAUCAGAAUCUGAAACCUCCGGCACCGAAAUCCGGACCUUAUGGAACUUCAUUACUGGAAAACGGCGGUGAGAAUUUCUUCGAAGGGAUACUAACAGACAGUUCCAUUUCCCAAAAACCCAAUAUCUCCGCCGUCUCCACUGCCGCCACCCUCUCUGUCAAACGCCCGCUGCCACCGCCGCCACAGUGCUGGAACGGACCGGGGUCAAUAGGGUCACCACUGCCAGGCAAGCGUUUCCACGGCGAUCUCAACAGUGGCCGUAGCGGCAGUACUGAUGAUAGCAACUCGUUAAUUACUUUGCUCAAUCAGAUUCCCCAAACAGGGCCGUUUCACUCCAACACCCUGCUGGGAUCUCUUGGCGACUGCGGCGGCGUUUUACGGCAACAGUUUCAGCUCCCUACCAUGAAUUGGAAUUCGUAGUCUUGUUUUUGAGCUUACAGAUUGUGUUACUAGAUAAAGUUAGAAACAUCUUAAUAUAGUAUUAGAAGUAAUAUGUUGAAGGAGAGAUCGAUCACCAAAGUCAUGAACAUUAAUUAGUACUUUUUUUUGGCAUAAUAUACACAAAGUUGCUUU